AUCAGUUUCUCCACUUACGUAGUAUAUUGUGAUGGUUGGGGUCAUCAACCUGAAAUGAUUUCCACAUUUUCUGCUUCUUUUUCAAAUUUGCAAAAGAUAUAAUAUUCUGCCUCAGUGGUGAAGAUGUUUAGCCAGCAAGUUUGACAUCCAGUGGACGCCUGUGUAUUAGCAAACCAAGAUGGAGUACGAGUGGAAACCCGACGAGCAAGGGCUCCAACAGAUUCUACAACUACUAAAGGAAUCGCAGUCUCCAGACACCGCCAUCCAGAGAUCUGUUCAGCAAAAACUGGAGCAACUUAAUCAAUAUCCAGACUUCAAUAACUAUCUGAUUUUUGUUCUUACAAAGUUGAAAUCAGAAGAUGAGCCCACACGAUCCCUGAGUGGUUUGAUUUUGAAGAAUAAUGUGAAAGCACAUUUACACAACUUUCCAAAUGGGGUGACUGACUUCAUUAAAAAUGAGUGCCUGAGAAACAUUGGUGAUUCUUCACCCUUAAUAAGAGCCACAGUUGGAAUCCUAAUUACAACUAUAGCCUCAAAGGGUGAGCUACAAAAUUGGCCAGAUCUCUUGCCCAAGUUGUGUGCGCUUUUGGACUCGGAAGAUUACAAUACGUGUGAAGGAGCUUUUGGCGCUCUUCAGAAGAUUUGUGAAGAUUCUGCUGAGAUUUUAGACAGUGAUAUCCUGGACAGACCCCUCAAUGUCAUGAUUCCUAAAUUUCUGCAGUUUUUUAAACAUAGCAGUUCCAAGAUAAGGUCUCAUGCUGUUGCCUGUGUGAACCAGUUCAUUAUCAGUAGAACUCAAGCUUUGAUGUUGCAUAUCGACUCUUUCAUUGAGAACCUAUUUGCAUUGGCUGGAGACGAAGAAUCGGAAGUACGAAAAAAUGUGUGCCGUGCCCUUGUUAUGCUGCUUGAAGUCCGAAUGGAUCGGUUACUUCCUCAGAUGCACAACAUUGUUGAGUACAUGUUGCAGAGAACACAGGAUCAAGAUGAAAAUGUGGCAUUGGAAGCUUGUGAGUUCUGGCUAACAUUGGCUGAACAGCCCAUAUGCAAAGAUGUACUUUCUGGGCAUAUGUCACUGUUAAUACCUGUCCUUGUGAAUGGGAUGAAAUAUUCAGAAAUAGAUAUUAUUCUUCUUAAGGGUGAUGUUGAAGAAGAUGAAACGGUUCCUGAUAAUGAGCAAGAUAUUAAGCCUCGCUUUCACCGAUCCCGAACUGUUGCGCAACAGCAUGAAGAAGAUGGAAUUGGUGAAGAGGAGGAGGAAGAUGAUGAUCUAGAUGAUGAUGAUACAAUUUCUGAUUGGAAUUUAAGAAAAUGUUCUGCUGCUGCAUUGGAUGUGCUGGCUAAUGUUUUCCGGGAUGAAUUGUUGCCACAUGUUUUGCCAUUGCUGAAGGAACUGCUGUUUCACCCAGAUUGGGUGGUGAAGGAGUCUGGAAUUCUGGUGCUUGGAGCUAUUGCUGAAGGUUGUAUGCAAGGAAUGAUACCUUACCUGCCAGAACUUAUCCCUCACCUUAUUCAGUGCCUCUCUGACAAGAAAGCUCUUGUGCGUUCUAUUACAUGUUGGACGCUCAGCCGCUAUGCACAUUGGGUAGUAAGUCAACCCCCAGACACUUACUUGAAGCCAUUAAUGACCGAACUGCUGAAACGCAUCUUGGACAGCAAUAAGAGAGUGCAAGAAGCUGCCUGCAGUGCUUUUGCUACCCUAGAGGAAGAGGCUUGCACAGAGUUGGUGCCAUACCUUGGUUAUAUACUUGAUACGCUUGUUUUUGCUUUUAAUAAAUAUCAGCACAAGAAUCUUCUAAUUCUGUAUGACGCUAUUGGAACUCUUGCUGACUCAGUUGGGCACCAUUUAAAUAAACAGGAAUAUAUUCAGAUGUUGAUGCCUCCACUCAUUCAGAAAUGGAACAUGUUGAAGGAUGAAGAUAAAGAUCUUUUCCCCUUACUUGAGUGCCUGUCUUCUGUUGCCACUGCCUUGCAAUCUGGUUUUCUUCCAUACUGUGAACCGGUAUACCAGCGUUGUGUAAACUUGGUCCAAAAGACACUUUCACAAGUUAUGUUGCAUGGUUCUCAACCUGACCAGUGUGAGGCCCCAGAUAAAGAUUUUAUGAUUGUGGCACUUGAUUUAUUGAGUGGCCUGGCUGAAGGUCUUGGAGGAAGUAUUGAACAACUAGUAGCACGGAGUAAUAUCUUAUCGUUAAUGUAUCAGUGUAUGCAGGAUAAAAUGCCAGAAGUACGGCAAAGUUCAUUUGCUUUGUUGGGUGAUUUAACAAAGGCUUGUUUUCAACAUGUGAAGCCUUGCAUUGCCGACUUCAUGCCAGUUCUUGGAACUAAUUUGAACCCAGAGUUUAUUUCAGUGUGUAAUAAUGCUACGUGGGCAAUUGGAGAGAUCUCUAUUCAGAUGGGGAUUGAAAUGCAGCCUUAUGUUCCAAUGGUCUUGCACCAGCUGGUGGAAAUCAUCAAUAGGCCUAACACACCAAAAACAUUACUGGAAAAUACAGCAAUAACAAUUGGUCGUCUUGGUUACGUUUGUCCUCAAGAGGUGGCCCCCAUGCUACAGCAGUUUAUAAGACCCUGGUGUACUUCCCUGCGAAACAUAAGGGACAAUGAAGAGAAGGAUUCUGCUUUCCGUGGCAUUUGCAGUAUGAUUGGUGUCAAUCCAGGAGGAGUUGUGCAGGACUUCAUUUUUUUCUGUGAUGCAGUAGCAUCUUGGAUUAGUCCAAAAGAUGACCUUCGUGAUAUGUUCUACAAGAUACUUCAUGGCUUUAAAAAUCAAAUUGGGGAUGAGAAUUGGAGCCGUUUUUCAGACCAGUUCCCACCUCCUUUGAAGGAACGCCUUGCUGCGUAUUAUGGAGUCUAGCUGUGUACGCUGUUGUCAACCUAUAUUGGUGGUCUUUCAAGCUGGGAAGUCCAUAGGGAGCCUCUGCACCCAGGGAAAAAGUUACCCUUUACGGGGGGGGAAGGGUAAACCAGUGGGACAUAUAGUACAAUCCCAACCCUACUGGGACGGGUGGGAGGGAGGUGUUUAGCCGUCGCACUGUUCAGUCGACAUUGGGGAAAGUUAAACCCUGAAGUCUUUUUCGAUGGACAUUUGUCUCUUCUUUUUAGAGCUUUUCACCAGAAGAGAAGAAACAAAGGAAGACAUCUGACCCAUAAACAUCAUGUUUCUGACAAAGGGAAAAUGCAACAAAUGCAGUAAUGUAGGCUUCAAAAGUGGGUUUAAUUGCAGAGAGAAAAUCAUAAUCAUUAGGUUAAAAGUCGACAGCCAGAGAUAUAGGGGUUUUGCAUUCAGACUAAGGCUGAAAGUAAGAAUUAAGGAAACACUUGGGGAUUAAUAGGUUUUUGCAUGAUUUUAGGAGAGCUAAAAAUGACAGUGUUAGUGCAAUUCAGAAGAGCAGCUUGUUUCCAAGAUAAUGAACGCCUAUGUAAAAUCAUAGCUGUGAAGAUGUAAGUUUCUGAUUAAGUAACAAUUUCAAUCACAGUGAAUGACAAACGAUUGGUAACAACCUAAAAUAGCUCGGGAAACCCUAAAAUAGUAAUUUUUUUUCAUUGAGUGGUACGUGCAUAUUGGUUAAAGUUUGACAUAUCUUUUGACAUAGUUUUGCAUUAAAAACACGAAAGAUAGUAUAAGUAAUUGGUUAAAAUUCCAUAGUUCAGAUUUUUCUUUCUAAACAACAUCUUCGUAGUGUACAUGUUCUAUUAAGGUGCAGGCAUGUAACUUGGUUCACUGUGGUUAGCAGUAAGGUUGCUUUGUUUAGUGAGACAUUGAGCUAGCAUGUGUGCAUCAUAGAGAGUGGAAAUGGUAAGGAUUCUUUCCCACUAGAAUGUUUCUAGUGGUAUGGCUCAACAAUAUUACUUAAUAGAUUUUGUGUAAAAUACCCCAAGUUUUUCAUAUAGGAUUUUAAUUUCUGUUAAGGUUAUUCAUAGGUAUAACCAGUUUAUAAGGAUUUGAAGUAUCUUUAGGAUCCACUAGGGUUAAGAUUGUUAUUGUAUUGUGUGUAACCUACACAAUGUGGAAAGUUGAAAUCUCCAUGCAAAUCUGUUGCCUCUGUGCUGUCAGUGUGAUGUGCUUUUUGCAUGGUUAUAUACUAUUGAAAUUAUAGAACCUCCAUAAAAGAAUUAUGUAGUAAGGCAAUUGAAGGCUGCAUAAUUAGAUGACAUAUAAGGAAAAUGUACAAGUGUAAGAGAAAGGUUUGCUUUAUUUAGUGUUUUAAUCAGACUUGAUUGGUAAUAUUUUUGUUUAAAGCAUGAUCUCAUGAGAUGCUUACUGUCCUUAAGCAGGAUAGGUCAAAAUUUCAAUCUGAAAUAUUUGAAACAAAAAUUGGCACAUUGGUGGCCCUUUGUGCCAUUAAAGCUGCAGGAGUACAAAAUGGAAUGGAUCCGUUUUCCUUUAAUUUGUUCCACUUUAUGUUGCUUUCUAUACUCCUUUGUGUAAAUAAAUCCUUUUACAUUGAAUUCUGUCCCUUCCCCCUAAUGUGUAUUUUGUUGUAAAUCUUUUUUAUUUUUUUAUUAUUAUGUACUGUGAAUGUGGAAAACAAAACAAACUGGUACACUUGACCUUUGUUAUGCGUGAGUCUUUUGUAAUAUGUUAACUGUCUGAUCCCAUGAUGGUUAGAAUUUUUUUUCAGAUGGGACACACCCUCCCCCAGGGAAAACAGCAGCUCUGCUGGUCAGAGUAUGGAGCCCUGCACUACUUCUGGAGGCUGCAAGGCUAGAUUAAGAUAUACAGCAAAUAAUUGUAAUGCUUUAAAAGCCCUGACAGCUUUUCAUAUUUUUAGGUUUUCCUCCAUUACAUAUUUUGCUACACAAGACAGGGAGAAAAGACUGAAUGUUUGGCUGAUUUUUUUUUUUGCUGCUUGCUUUUAAGUUUUGUGUGCAAUGACUGGGAUAACUAAUGCACUGAAAAACACAGGCUUUCUGUGUGUGUGACUGUAUGUGUGUGUGACUGUGUGAGAGACUGAGAUUGUGGCAAGGAAUUCUGUAGUUACAGUGUGCUUCGCACUGCAUUGUGGCUUAUCAUUUUCUUAAAAAUUUGCAUGAAAGAAUGCCGUUUAUACAUUCCUUUUGCACAGUUUGGAAAGUGAUUUGAAGAGCUUGGCAUUUAGUUUUUCAUAAUGCAUAUUAUGUACAAAUCCUUUAAUAUGCUGGUUAACUAAACCCUUCAGUAAGUUCCCAUCAACUUGCAUGGCCAUUUCCAUAAGUGCCAGAUUCAUAAACUUGCAUGUAAUGUACUUUAAUUGCUAAUGCAUAAAUGAUUAGAAAAUAAUUGCUCAGGUUAUUACAAAACAACUCCUUAGCUGCUGUUAGAAGCUAUUCUAAGAGAAAUGUAUUUGCAUGUUGUUCAUAGGUUUAAACCAAAAGAAAUUUCUCUGCUCAGUACCUUCAGUUGAUUCCAAAAAGUGCUUAAUGUGCUUCUGGUAUAAAAGGGUAUUUUCUUCAGGUCAGAUAUUGCCUAACCAGGAAUAUAAUAUUUCCUAUUAGAUUUGUAUCACUUUAUAUAACAAAACUCCCAUAAUUAUUUGGAUUUAAAUCACUUCAGUGUUCAGGUAUAAGGAACAAAAGUUACAUAAUUGUAACAGCUUUGAUAGAAUUAUAAAUGUAUUUCCCUGGGAUGGAGGGUUUUUGAGGAGGGGUGAAAAUAAAGAUUAGACUUGCACAAAUGAGAUUCUUUGCUUUAAUUCCAGGCACUCUGGCCAGUCACUUUGCUGAAGAAAACACUAUAAUAUUGCAGUAAUGCAGCUGUUGGAAUGUCAGGAGUAAUUUUAUUACUGUAAUAUUAAACUAUACCUGCUAAAAUAAAAUAAUUAAAUGUUUUUGCUUGUGUUCUCCCUUUAUCCCUGUUCUUUCAAUUUUGUAUGUUUGUUUCUAACCCCAAAAAACUUUUAUGCUAAAACACCAUUCCAAAUGUUUUAGUACAAAAAUACUAAUAUUUUUCAACCUCCUGAUAAGACCACCUAUUCGAGAAAUUGAAGACCUAUUUAACGUCAGUUCCAAAGACCUAAAAUAAUGUGCAAGUUACAAGACUGGUCUUAAAAGAUUAUUUUGUUACAUCAGAAUCCACUAGCAGUCUGAUGAAUUUUUAUCCCAAGGAUAUGCUUCAAUAACAUAAACUAAUCUUGGAUAAUUAAGGUUGAUGUAUAUUGUGUUUUGGACAGCUAAACUGAAGUGCUCAGAAGGCACAUUUUGCAUCUUUUUUGCAUCUACUACCAGUAUUCAGAUUUGAACAAUAGCUAUAACAAAUCUAAAUGCAGUAUUGAGGCAUCAUUUGAUAAGUCCAGCUCGGGCUAAUGUUUUUUAUAGUGGAAAUCCACAGUUAAUAGUACAAGACCAUUUAUUUUCUUAGACAGAUAUUUCCUAUCGAAUAAUUUUGUGCAAACAGACAAUGGUCUUAAGUAUGAUACUUUAAAUGUAUUUGUCCCAUUUGACCUUCAUUGAAAACUCCAAUUACAUUUGCAUACAACUUCUACAUAAUUGGUUUGUAAUAUCCUAAAUUACAAUUGGUUCCAGCACAUUGAAAAGAAUGGAACAAUCAGUAUUGUUGCUCCUUGCGUUUUGUCUUCAUUUUCAGUUUUGUUGUUUCUUCAUUUAAAAAUUUAGGCCAUAAUGAACAUUUACAUGAAUUGCUACUUGUCUCAUUCUGGUGUUUGUGUGGAAAUGGCAAAUAGUGUAAUAUUUUUCUCCGGUCUCUUAUCUGGUAUACCUUUGUAAUAAAAAGCCAAAAAUCCUAUCUGAGUGAAUUGACAAUUUGCUAGCAAAACAUAUUCAUUUCUCUGAUGUUUUCUAAAUUAUAAUUGAACACGUUAUAAUUGAAAAUAUAUUUUUUCUAAAUGAGUUAGAAACCCACAUGGCACUUUACAACGUCACACUUAACCGAGCUUCCGAUGAAUAAUUGCUCAACAGAGAAUGCUGGAAAUACUCAGGUUGGGCAACAUCUGUGCAGAAGGAAACAGAGUUAAUGUUUCUUGUUGAUAACCUUUGCAUCAGAAAUUAGUUAAGCUAUUCAAGCAGCUGAUGUUAAAAUACAAAGCAGGUGAUGCAGUAGUAACCUAGCUCUCUAAACUCCAUGUAGAACGCAGCAGAAAAUAUUCUCUCCACUUUAAAGUUGCAAAGUUAUAAUCGUAACUGAUUUAAAAUUAGAAUUUUGGGAAGCAUGUUAAGAUGUGUGAUGUUGAAAACUGCUUAACAUGUGGUAACAAUGAAUUGUAACCUUUUAAUUUUCAUAUCUAGUUAAAUAUUUGUGGGAAAAAAAGUUCAUGCAGUGAAAUUUAAUUCACUGAAUCAUGCUAUUCAUUUAAAUCAGUUUUAUUGUUGCCUAUUAUUAAGAUUUAGAAUAUUUUUUGAAGAAAUGUAUGUUUGUACCUAGUAAUAGAGACAGUGAAUGUAUGCAAAUUAUUUUUAAUAUUGAAUUCUGUCCACUUUCCUCACCUUAUUUUAACCUAGAAAAUGGGAUUGUACAUUCAUUUCCCCUUUUCUCUCCCUGGUUUAAGUCAAUUUGUGAAAUUCCUGGAGAAACUUAAAAACUGAAAAUGAAAAAGCUGAAUUAUUUUCAAAUUUGCAUGCACAGUGCAUUGUUGAUGCAUGAUUAAGAUUGAUAACAGCCUCCCAUUCAAGGGUGCACAUGUAAAACACAAAGGUUCAACUACAUUCAUAUUGCUGAGGAUUUUGAAAGGAACAAAUGGGUUCUGUCAGAAUAGUUCCAUGCUCCAAUCAAAAGUUUAAGAAUAUAAACAUUUUUGCACAAACUAAAUGCAUCAUGGGAUAUACAGCACAUUAUGGUUGCUUGCUCUGUAGAUGUACCACAUGGUUUUUGAGUGUUGGAAGAAUGUUGGAGUCAUGAGAAUUAGUCUCAUCACAUUCCGGUGUAUCUGCCUUUUUGGCAUGCUAAAGCACGGCUUGGUUUGUCUGCUCCUCACACUGAAUGGAGUGCUCUGUGUGUGCUGUCUUUGCAGAAACGGCCGCUGCUAUUGAUGUAGUUUUUCUACUUGAAUAUUUUUGUUGUAGAAAUCUCAGGUCAGCAUUUAACUGUUUUAUAUAAGCCUUUUACCUUCCCUUCCUGUUUGAGCUUCCCUCUUGAAGGGUUCUAACAGUGCAUUAUUUAGCUAUGAUGGAUGAUUCAAGUCAAUCUUCCUUUAUACCACUGAGUCAAUUCACAUGGUUUUACUCUGUUCAAAAUAUGGUCAUAGCCUGAAAUGGAACUUUGGUGUUGUGCUCACUUACACGUUUCCCACAUGUUCUGCAGUAUAGAUGGUUCGGGAAAACAGUAGUUUCCAACUUGAUCAUUAAAUGGAAGUCUGCAGCUGCAAAACUUUACAGAUUUUAAAUUAAAAACUGCAUAGCAUUGAACUGUUUUGUCAGUAUCUAAACUUGAAUUAUGUAUUACCUCAUUGUAAUUGGGACCUGUGAAGAAUGAGACUGGGUCAUGCUGUGGAUAAUUUGUCAGUUAUUAUAGCUGAAUGUGACACUUGUGAAGUACAAUACUGUAAAUGUCUAUGAUAUUUGUAUCAAAACAAAUGCAGUGAUGGCUUAGUGGCAUUUUUGGUCUUCACUCCCUACUAAAGCUAAGAACUUGAGAUGGCAAAUAGUCUCUUGAACUUUAAUGGUCACAUUCUAUGUUACCAGCUAGUUAGAGGUGUUGACAGACAUGUAGUUAUCAUGGUAAGUUUUAGAAUUGAAAAGUAACUGCAAUUAUGCAUGGGAGUUUUCUGAAUUGAAUGACCAAAGGAUUCUUUUUUUAAAAAGAGCUUCACACACAAGUAAUGUGAUGUUAGAAUUUGUCCUUCAAAACUUAUCCUGCAACCCCCUCAAGCGCAAUGAAUAUAAGCAACAUUUCUUGGAAGUCUGCUUCUGUGUAAACUUGACAAAACUUCAUUUGGAAUAGAAACAUGGUUUUAAUUUUUGAUAAGCUGCUGAAUUUUGAAGAAAGUUUUUGGGGCCACCAAAUAUUUUGGAUCAUGCAGAGAAUAUAUAUUGUAUUGAUCUUAUGUAGUUUUUGUAAUGAUAAAUGUUAGUUUGUAAAUUGUAGUGAACUAGUAGAUGUUAAUGUUAACCACUGCUAGGAAAUGUACGUUCAAAAUAAAUCACCUUAAAGCUGA